AAAUACACAGCGCUUGCAGUUAUUUAGCUGUCAGGGCAGGACAGGUCCUGAGCGGAAAGUCAUGAAUUGGCUGAACUGAAAACCUUUCCACUCGGGUUAACGCAGAUAGCAAACGUUUGAAUAUUGAGCCUCCUCUUAUGUAUUUGUCUGUCUGCCCGUGAGAGAGGAAAUUCUGUCGAGCUGCUUUUUAGUAAGACUUUUUUUUCGCAUCACGUAUGUGUAUGUAAAUAUAUGAGCGAGACAAGUUUAAGAGGAGGAUGCUGAGUAAGCGAAGCGCUGGGAAAAGCAGUUACAGUCCUUAUACUAUUGGACUGAGGGGAAAGAAAGCGAGAUCAAAGUCUGGCCUGGAUGUGCUUCCCAAUCGCCCAAAGGUAUGGCUGACGGAGCUGCCUCGUAAAGAUGCUAUUGAGAUACCUGCCUUGCAGACCAGCACCUUAUCUGAACUAUCUGCUGGGAACACCUCCAUGACAAAGCUCAGUAGUAGCCCGAGUGCUGUCAACACUCUCAAGCGGCCAACCACACUGAGUAGACACUCCAGUGCUGCUGGUUUCUCAGUAGUAGGCUCUGGGACAUGGGGAUACAGCAAAGGGUAUAAAUCCUCUCCAGCGUACAGUACCAACUCAGAAACCUAUGAGGGACCAGAGGUGGAGGAGAUCACGCAGUUGCUAUAUGACGUGGCUAGGUUUGCUGAAACCGUGGAGAAACUGAAGGACAUUGUGUUAGAAGAUAAAACAGAAACGCGCCGGCCGAUCGCUCAUGAGUGCCUCGGGGAAGUGUUGAGGAUCCUGCGACAAGUCAUCAGCAAAUACCCACUCCUCAAUACCGUGGAAACACUGACUGCUGCAGGCACCCUGAUCUCAAAAGUGAAAGGUUUCCAUUAUGAAUCUAACAAUGAGAAUGAUAAAAAGGAAUUUGAGAAGGCAAUUGAGACAAUGGCAGUGGCAUUUAGUAGCAAUGUCUCGGAAUUCCUCAUGGGAGAGGUGGACAGCAGCACUUUGUUAUCAUUACCACCAACAGAUAAAUGCAGGUCAAUGGAGAAUCUGUGUGGUGGAAUUGCUGUACAAGGCGAUAUGGUACAGGCAAAGGAUGAGUUCAGUGAUUCAGGCAGUCUCUCUGCAGAAGAAGUGGACAUAAUACUUCAGAGGUCUGAGGGUGGUGUUGAAGCUGCUUUGCAAUAUGCCAAAACCGUUUCCAAAUACAUGAAAGAUCUGAUCAGCUAUCUGGAAAAAAGAACAGCUUUGGAAAUGGACUUUGCCAAAGGGUUGACAAAGCUGAUCCAUACCUGUAGACACACUAUUACACAAGAGUAUCAUGUGCCCUUCCUGUCAAUCUACUCACUGGCUUUGGAACAGGACCUGGAAUUUGGACAAAGCACGAUACAAGGAGUCAACGUCCUCCAGAACCAAACCUUCUUCCAGCCAUUAACUGGAAGAAGACUGGAUCAUGAAAAGCGCAGGAAAGAAAUUAAGGAACAGUGGCACCGAGCGCAGAGAAAACUGCAAGAGGCUGAGACAAACCUUAAAAAGGCAAAGCAGGCUUACAUGCAACGUUCUGAGGAGCAUGAGAAGGCCAAGUACCUGACGGUGAAAGCAGAAGAGGACCAGCAGAGCACAAGCAGCAGCAACACCAGCAAAACUCUGGACAAGAAGAGGAGAACGGAGGAGGAUGCACGCAAUAAGGCUGAUGAAGCUGAGGCAACUUACAGAACAUGCAUUGCAGAUGCCAAGACACAAAAACAAGAGCUGGAAGAUGUGAAAGUGAAUGUACUACGACAAAUCCAGGAAAUCGUCAAACAGAGUGACCAGACAUUGAAAUCAGCCACCAUCUCCUACUACCAGAGAAUGCACGUGCAAACAGCGCCACUCCCAGUGCAUUUCCAGACACUGUGUGAGAGCAGCAAGUUGUAUGACCCAGGCCAGCAGUACGCAUCUUACGUCAAAGACCUCCAGAUGGAGGCUGAAACAGAAGCACAUUAUGAUUUUGAGUCAUAUUCACCUCAGAUGGCGUGGUCUCCCAAUGUAAGGGCUCGUAAGGGUAGCUUCAAUGCGAACGAGUUUGCUUCUAAUACUGCAAACGAGAUGCAGUCCCAGUCCUCCAUGGAUGAGCCAGGCAGUCCAGAGGGAGGGUCGACUCAGAAGGAAGCACGAGGUGGAGGUAUCACCGAGAGACGAGGAGUCCGCAGUCACCAGGUGCACAAAUCCUGGCCCACUACUAUGAGUGAUGCAGACAGUGUUGGAGGAGGCAGUGGCCUGGAUUCUCCUUCUUCUACAACAGGUGAUUUUUCUAGAAAAUUGCCCAGGAUUCCGUCCUCAGGUGCCAUAUCUUCUACAGAGGAUGUAGAGGAUAAAGACGGCAGUACAAACUUUGAGCAAAGCAUCAACGGGAUGGCUCCAGAAAUUGCAGUAUCCACCGGCCCUUUCAAAAACGUGGGCCUUUCAAAGGCUGCACAAACACAUCGCCUCAGGAAACUUCGCACACCAUCAAAAUGCAGAGAGUGUGACAGCUAUGUUUACUUUCAGGGGGCUGAGUGUGAGGAAUGCAACCUGGCUUGUCACAAGAAGUGUCUGGAGACAUUGGCGAUUAAGUGUGGACACAAGAAGUUACAACGGAAGCUGCAGCUGUUUGGCAGGGAGUUUGCCCAGGCUGCACGUGACAGUCAUGAUGGAAUCCCAUUCAUCAUCAAGACAUGCAUCUCCGAGAUUGAGAGGAGGGCUUUGAGUAUGAAAGGAAUCUACCGUGUCAACGGUGUAAAGACCCGCGUUGAGAAACUGUGCCAGGCUUUCGAGAAUGGAAAGGAACUGGUAGAACUCUCUCAAGCAUCACCGCAUGACAUCAGCAACGUGCUCAAGCUAUAUCUGCGACAGCUUCCAGAACCUAUUAUGCUGUUCCGCCUCUAUAAUGAUUUGAUGGGCCUGGCCAAAGAGAGCCUGCAGGGCACUGGAGAUGCAGGAAGUAAAGACUUGACAAUCGAAAAGGAGUUAUUGCUACUUGUGACAAGGCUGAAGGAACUGCUGAAGGACCUGCCGUCUGCAAACAGGGCCACGCUGCAGUACAUCGUCAGACAUCUUAGCAGAAUUUCAGAACUUGAACAACAUAAUAAGAUGUCUCCGAGUAAUCUUGGGAUUGUAUUUGGACCCACGCUGAUGAGACCCAGGCCCACAGAGGCAACCGUGUCCUUGUCAUCACUUGUUGACUACCCUCAUCAGGCUCGCAUUGUGGAAACGUUAAUUAUCUUCUACACAGACAUAUUUGAAGCUAAAGCAGAGUUUAACAUGCCUUCAGAUGAAGAUACUGUGGAUGAAACAUCGGCAGCCGAUGAGAGAGGGUCUUCUGCAGCAAGAAUGGGAUCAGGGAGUGAUUUACCUGACCUUGAUGAAUCAGCAGAGUUUGACAGAGAUAGGCUGUACUCCGAUGCACUCUGUGAAAACUCUUUAGGAUCAGAGAAGUCUUCAGAAUCUCGUGAGCGCUCACUGGAUUCUGACUUUGAGCUGGAAGAUGGGGCACCUGAAUGUGGUACUGGACAGACGGGGUGUGAGGAAGGGGUCCAGAGAAAUCGAAAGGGACGUUUGCCAAAACAGGAGAGCGUAGCUAGCGCUGACGAGCCUCCGUUCUACAAUGACCAUGCAGAAGAAGAGUGCAAUAGAGUCUCAAAACGGACUGAUAAAAAUCAGGCUCAGGGUUCAGAUGCUGACGUGUCACAGACUGAGGGAUCAGUGCCCGAAAUGGGUGUCGAAUGCUCUCUGGCAUCACCUGAACAGCUAAAGAAAGAUGGGCAGGGAAACCCUGGUGACGAGGAACUGGACCACGCGAGGAAUUCCAACAGAAGUCUGGCAGAUUUUAAUACAAACCAGUCAAAUAAUGUGGACGGAAAUAAUUGGUUGCCUGUCCAUUUCAGCAGGCCACUACACGUGAGAGAGCAGCGCAGUAAGUUGCCAUGGCUACGAAUGCAUCAUGGGAAAAUAGACAUUGGGCGUGAAAACCGGGACCCGGAAUUUGUCUAAUCGUAUUUUGUCAUAAGUUUGCUUUUAGCGUAUAGUUUUCCACAAAUGCUAAGAUGCUUUUUUGUGGGUUAUGGAAAGGAUUGUAUUCAUGGUGGCAGUAUAUACAAUCCAAUUUCAUGAUUCUUUAAAGUGUUUGCUGGUUCUUAUUUUGAGGCAGAGACUGUACCAAUGAUACACCUAGAGGUUAUCUUGAUUAAAAUGUGAAUUAGUUUGGCGAAUUCAAAAAUUGAAAUCAUUCUUAUAAUUUGCAAAAGUAAUGCCAUAAUACAGUACUAACAUUCAGUAGCAAUUUACUUCAGGAGCAUAAUAAACACUGAAAAACUCCAAAAAGAGGAGGAACAGAAGGCCAUUUUGGACAUAACAUACAUUCAGCUACUUGUCCAGUCAUUAAUUACAAGCAUCUACAUCUUACGACUCUUGGAAAGCAGUUAUAUAAGGAUCCUUUGAAGAACAAUCAAAACCUUUUGCCAUGACUGAGAUGCAGAUAUCGAAUAGCUGAAGCCAGUGCAUUGAGCACUAGGAAUGGAUUUAUCUGUUCUUCAACUUAUUAAAAAAAAAAUUUCCUUACACCGCCCCCUUAAAAUUCUAGAUUCAUGGAGGGCAUUGGCAGUGCUUUUCAUAGUCGUUCUCCUUAUGAAUCUAGGCUAUUCUGUCACAUGGGGGCAUCACAGACAUGCCCAGUCCUGUCCUCAUCCAAUGUCAACAGACAUCUGCUUUCCAAAUGGGGUCAUUCGAUGGUGUUCAGGAGCAGAAACAUGACUGAUUUUGUUCCCUCCUCCUAACCCAAGAGUACUGCGAGCAAUUGUUGCAAUCACGUCUACCAGUCCAAGAUACGAUGAGAGAACACAAACCAGGGACUGAACUUGGAUCUUCAGAGUUUCUGUGACUUGCUAUGACAUUAGGUGGUGCAUUUGAGCAUUUAGUGUGAUUUUGACCAUUUAUGUCCAGAGCUCACCACCCAUUCUCUGUGCCCAAAUGUAUUUUUUUUAUUUCUUCCCAGUAUAUGGGCAUCACUGGAGAGGCUGGCAUCCAUUAUCCAACCCUAGUGGCCCUUGUGAAAACGGUGGUGAGCCACCUUUUCGAACCAAUGCAGUCCGUGUGGUGAAUGUACUCCCCCAGCGCUGACAGGUAGUGAGCUUCAUGUUUUUGCCCUGAUAACAAUGAAGGAAUGGUGAUAUAUCCAAGUCAGGAUGGUGUAUGACUUCGGUGGGAAAUUUAUAAAUAAUGAUGUUUCCAUUCUCCUGCUGCCCUUGUCCUUCAAGAUAGUUGAGUGUGUGGAUUUCAGAGUAGCUAAUGAAGAAACCUUGGCAAGCUUUUGCAGUAAAUCCUGUGUAGAUAGUGCACUCUGCAGCCACGGUGCAUCGAUGGUUCAGGAAGUGAAUGUUGAAGGUGGUGGAUGGGGUUUUAAUCAAGUGGACUGCUUUGUCCUGGAUGAUGUUGAGCUUCUCGAGUAUGGUUGAAGCUUCACCAAUCCAGGCAAAUAGAGAUUAUGUCACUUGUAGAUGGUGGACAGGCUUUGAAGAGUUUGAAAGUGAGCCACUCAGAGUUUGACAGAGUUAGGCUGUACUCCAUUGCACUCUGUGGUAAGUAAACAGCAAACAGUUGUGCUUCAUGUCAGAAGAAGUUGUGAAGGUGACUCCAGUAUUAUAUUCCUCCAUCCUGACUGACUGAGCUCUGUUAUACCUUUGCUCUACCUGUGGCCUGGAUCAGUGUAAGCUCCUUACACUAUUCCCACCUAGGUGAUUUCAUCCAAAAUACAUAUAGUCCAAACCCCAUAAUGCUGUAAUAGCUAUGUGGUUGGUUCAGUAAGUUGUGUUUUUUUUUUAUUGAUUCAUGGGAUGUGGAUGUCACUGGCUAGGCCAGCAUUUAUUGCCCAUCCUGCCCCUGACUGCACUUAAUCAGAGGAUAUUUUUAAGAGUCAACCACAUUGGACUCUUUAGCCCAUGUAGACUAGGUAAGGAUAGCAGAUUUCUUCCCCUAAAGGGCCCUACAACAACUUCAUGAUCAUCACCAUUAGACUUUUAAUUCCAGAUUUUUAUUGAAUUAAAAUUUCACCAUCCUACAUGAUGGGAUUUGAACCCUGGGUCUCUGGAAUACUAGUCUAGUGACAGCACCACUAUACCACAACUUACCCUUUGAGGAUAUUGAAUGUGGGAGAUGAUUAUGCCAUUGAAUGUCAAGGUGAGGUUAUUAGACUCUAUCUUGUUGGAAAUAUCUUUAUCUGGAACUUGAGUGAUAAAAAUGUCAUUUGGCACUUAUUAGUCCAGGCCUGGAUGUAGCCCAAGUCUUAUUGCGUGUGAGUGUCGACUGCUUCAUUAUCUGAGGAAUUGCAACUGGACCUGAACAUUGUACAAUCAUUGCAAACAUAUCCACUUCUGCUGAUAUGAUUCAAGGAAGAUCAUUGAAGCAGCAAUCAAUAAUACAGGAAUAAAAACUAGUCUCAGUAACCAUGACCAUGAAACUACCCUCAAUUGUCAUAAAAAUCCGCCUGGUUUACAAAUGUUCUUUAGGGAAGGAUAUCUGCUGUCCUUACCGGCUCUGGACCCACAGCAUUGCUGUUGACUCUUAACUGCCCUCUAAAAUGGCCUAGUUGUAGCAAUUAGGGAUGGAGAACAAAAGCUGGUCUUGCAAGGGGCACCCACAUCUCAUGAAAGAGUUUAAAAAAAAAAAAGCUGAAGCUGGUUGAUCCUGGGAUGCUGCGAUGAGGAAUUCCUGCAGUGACAUCCCAGAACCACAACAACAACCAUCUUCCACUGCUCUAGGUAUGUUUCCCACCAUUGGAGAGUUUUCUGUCUGAUUCAUAUUGCUCUGGCUGACCAUACCCAGUCAAAUGCUGUCUUGAUGUCAAGGGGAGUUACUUUCAUCUCAUCUGGAACUCCCCUGAUUUGUCCAUGUUUGAAUUAAGGCUGUAGAACCUGGCAGUGUCCAAACCAAGUAUCGAUCAGCAGGUUAUUGCUGAGUACAUACCACUUGAUAGAACUGUCAAUGCCUCCUUCCAUGACUUUGCUGAUGACUAAGGAUAGGUCCAUAAUUGGUCAGAUUGGAUUUAUCCAUACUGUGGGGUAGUUGCUCACCUUGUAGCUGUACUGGAACAGAUUGCCUAGAGUGUGAAGUAAAGUGGUGUCCUUUAUAAAUGACUUGCUAAUGCUAGUCUCAACCAAAUUGAAGAAAAUGAAGAAAAUAUAUAACUGAAAUCUUUAUUGCCUACAAUUAAUCAGGCAUGCUGGACUUAGCAUAGCUGUGCCUCUCUAAAUACAUCCUAAGUACAUGGGAACAAGUCAACAGGAUACAACAGCCAAAACUGGGAUUCUUAAUACUGGAAAAGAGAUUAAAUUUACCAGUAUCAUGUUGUUGUAAAACAAAUUAAAUUAAUGGCAUUUAAAUUUCACAGCUGUAACAACAAUUUAUGAAUAUAUUGAAAUUAUGAUGGAGGAAAUCCAUUCGAUUUUUAACCAAUCUGCUCUAGUUUAAGAAUGUAUAAUGACAAGAGGUUCUUUCUGAAGAUUGUGCAGUGGGAACAUUAUUAUAAGGAACACUGAUUCCCUCCCAAAGAAAGCAAAUUUACUUUUUCUAAAAUCCAACUUCGCUUUAUCCCACAUGUUAAGUCUCUAGGCUAAUUCUUAGGACUUGGCAGGUGCAUGAAAGGAGCCCAGGAUGAUUGACCUUUUUUUUUCCCACCUUGCACCAACAACUUGCAUUGAUAUAGUGCCUUUCACAUAUGAAAGCAUCACAGGGCUCUUCACAGGGGUGCAAGCAAACAUAAUUUUCACAAGUCAUGUGAGCAGAUAUUAGGACAGUGAAGUAAGAUUUGGAGCAUUUUAAAGGAGAAAGAGAGCUGGGAAGGUUCAAGGAGGGAAUUUCAGAGCUCAGGGUCCAGCUAAGGCACAGCCACCAAUGGCAGAAUGAUUAAGACCAGGGAUGCUCAAGAAGCCAUGAUUUAACACACCACCUUCCAUUGACAGGCGAGAUCCAGGACUUUCUGUUUGUUGAAAAACACACUUUGUGACACUGUGAUUUGGAGUAACUGGGGUUUAAUGUCCCAAUUUUCUGAUGAAGGUCUUUCCCAAAAGCAACAACAUGUCUUCCCUCUUUUCAGAUGCUGACACACCUGCUGUGCAUUUUGAAUAUCUGCUUUGUUUUCACGUUUUGCAAUUGCAUUUCAUUAGUUUUCUAUUUGAAAAGAAACAUCUUUUCAAAGGGUUAGUAUAUUUCAGACUUUCCCAUCUCCUAUAUGAAUCACCUUAUUUCCGGUUAUACCACCAGCUUAUGAUGUACACUUACUGCCGUUAGUGAAGACCCUGUGAAAUCAUUGUCUGGGUUGACAAGUUAAUCAAUUAAAACAACCCUCAUCAUCAUAUGACUACAUUUGUUGUAUGGUAUAAGGUGAUUCAACGUCUGAUUUUAAUAUAGCCUUUGAUGAGCUUUAUUGGUAUUAUGUAAUGUUACAGCACAUGUGUUCUUAGUACUUUUUCAUCAGGGUAUUGAGCAACUCUUUGGCAUUGGUGCGUUGUGACUACAUUUAUUUUUGUUAAUUUGCUUCCAAUUCAAAGAUACUGUGUGCAGGCAAAUGAGCAGUUAUGCAAUGACAUGUAAGUGUGCGUGUAUGUGUGUACAACCUUACAGCAGCACAGCUGUAUAAUAUUCAGCAGGAUAGGUAAUGUCAUGUGUGAAAGCUCAAUGAUAGAAUACAGUUUAAUUCCCAGUGUACAAUCGGUAGAUUUGUAUAUAUACAAUAGAGAAGAGGGAAUGAAUUCUUUAUUUUGUUCGACUUUUAAUGGAAAAGCAAUUGUUCUGUAUAACAGGGUCUGUUUUAUACAUUUUUACUUGAUUAUGUAAAUAUAGGAAUUUUUUUCUUAUAUACUGUACUUGCAUUCGUCUUGGAUAAAUGCUGAAAUGGAUUUAUAUUUCUUAUUAUAUUUCAGUGUGAUUAAUAA